CUAAAUUGGGUGUUUAUGCAAUAUGAUAUAUGGAGAGCGGGGAGGCAGGCGGGCUGAGCAACGAGGUCAGAAGCCAGACCUCUUAUAUCUGCUGCAUGGCAGGAUGCUUGCUUUUCUAAUCAGAAAUGCGGCUUGAGGUUCGGAUGUAGCUGUCGAUGCACAGAGGAAGCCCCCAGACACAAUGAAACAAGUUGGACUUAUUGGAGUGCUACUGUUACCCCAGGUAAAAUCAUCAUCAGGGUGUCAUCCUCAUGUUAACCUGGUGAAAGAGGAGGAAAAGUGCAUGGCCGAUCUUCUGCUUUAUAAGUCACACAAAGCAACAGAAAACAAUAUUAGCGUACACUGUAUGGGAAUGUGGGAUGACCUGAACUGCUGGCCACCUGCUUCUCUUGGGGAAACCGUCUCCCAGCCGUGUCCGGAGUUCUUCAACUCGGAUGAAGAAGUGCACCGCAACUGCUCCGCCAGUGGCUGGACGGACCCGCUCGUCCCACACGAGGACGCGUGCGGAUACACUUUCAAUGAGACGUUCCACUUCCUUGGAGAGUCCUCAGACGCCCACAUGUAUUUCUCCUCCGUGAAGACCAUGUACACCGCCGGCUACACGCUCUCCCUCGUCUCCCUCUCCAUCGCCGUCACCAUAUUCUGCCUCUUCAGGAAGCUGCACUGCACCAGGAACCACAUCCACAUCCAGCUGUUCAUCUCCUUCAUCCUGAGGGCAAUCUUCAUCUUCGUCAGGGACUCUCUGCUGUUCACCGACGAGGAGCUCUACCACUGUGACCACUACCCGGUGGCAUGCAAGGUGGCGCUGACAUUGUCCAACUACUCCAUCCUGGCCAACUACAGCUGGCUGCUGGCGGAGGGCCACUUCCUGUUCACGCUGGUGAGCCGCUCCUUCUUCUCCCUGAGGAAACACCUCGCCUGGUACAUCGUCCUCAGCUGGGGCGUACCGCUGGUUGUUAUCGUCUCCUGGGGAUGUGCCAAGUAUGUGUAUGAAGACGAGGGCUGCUGGGAGACCAGGAGGCGUGAAUGGAUUUGGUGGAUUCUCCGAAUGCCGGUCCUUCUGACGAUAUCUAUGAAUCUCAUCUUCUUCUUGGGCCUUUUGAGGAUACUGGUCAACAAACUCCGCCUGCCAGAUGCCCAGAGGAAUGAAUUCUGCCAGUAUAAGAGGCUGAUCAAAUCCACCUUCUUCCUGGUGGCUCUGUUCGGUCUGCAUUACAUCCUGUUUGUGUUCCUGCCCGUUGAAGUGAGCAGCUCCGUGUUUAAGAUAUGGACGCUUGCCGAGCUCGCCCUGUCCUCCACACAGGGUUUCGUGGUCGCCGUGCUCUACUGCUUCAUGAACGGAGAGGUGCAGCAUGAGUUCCAGAGGAGGUGGCGGCGGUGGCGGCUGACCCGACACCUCCCCAGCAGGCGGCGGCAGCAGCAUGGCUCCAUCAGCCACAGCGGGUCUCCCCACACGCAGGUGUCCCUGCUGCCUUGCUCGACAAGCAGCCCGGCAGCCGGCGGACCCCCCGCGGACACGGCGGAGAUGUGACUCCAGGUCGGCCCGGCUCGUCUCCUCGUCGAAACGCCGAUGGAACCCGGCUCGGUGCCGGCGGGCGUAGAGUCACAACUGCAGCUCGAGUUUUCUAAUUCUGUUAUUUGGCGAUGUAAAGAUGUGAAACACAACGUUGAGGCCCGGUCAGUCAGCUGGAGGCCUGAGACUAAUCUAGAUUAAAUAAUGUGACAAGAUUAAGUAACAGAUAGAAAAUUGGAAAAACAACUUCUACUGCAUUCAUUCAGUAUUAAAGUUCAGACAGAUUAUGAAAAGAAUGGUCCAAAUUGACCAACAUAUCCACCCUUUUGUCUCUAGUAUGGUAAAAGCUCAAAAAUCCCACUUGAUCCUACAUUUCCCACAAUGCAACUGCAUUUUCUCAUGUCAGUCGAACUCAAUGCACCCAAUUUUCAGCGCAUGGUUCCUGUUAAAAGAUUGACACACACGAUGACGUCACUAUGACAUCACCAGGGUUGCUCAUCAUUACAUUACAUGUCAUUUAGCUGACGCUUUUAUCCAAAGCGAUUUACACAAUCCGGUUACAUUCAUACACUGUAGACGCAGCUACAGGUGAGCAAUUCAGGGUUAAGUGUCUUGCUCAAGGACACAUCGACUAGGUCGGGGAUUGAACCUCCAACCCCCUGAUUGAAAGACGGACCUGCUACCCACUGACCCAUAGUCGCCCCUCAUCAGAAUACUGAGCACAGUAUAUGCAGCGAAUACAAAUAAUAAUUUUUGGGGCUGUCGUCUAUAAUGCUGUUGAAUUGUGUUUCUAUUAUUUAUUGUUGUAACGUGUAGCAUAUUUGGCCAGAGGGGUCGCUUCUUCGAGGAGAUCAGGAUUAUUUAUGCGAUUAUCGACAGCCAGUCCUGUAAACAGAUGCUCUUUAUUUAAACGUGAACGUACAUGGUGUUCGCACUUUAAAGCAUUCGUUAAACAUUUUAGGAAACACAUCUUUUCACGUUGUUGCCGUGAGUGAGACGAGAAGUUCGAUACCAUUCUUUAACGUCUGGAGGCUGAAUGUGAAGCUGGAGCCAGCGGACGAUUAGCUUAGCUUAGCAUAAAGGCUAGCCGGUUGUUGUUGUUUAUUCCUGCUCUCAGCAAGAAAGCAAAUCAGUGUUAUUUCCCAAAGUCUUGCCAUUCUUUGACACUUUCUGUGGGGCUUUAACCAUUUUAAAGUACCAGUAAGUACUCCAGACUGCUGUGCUCUCAUGCACCUGAACCCAUCAUGACUCACACAGUAAUAAAAGUUCCAAAGAGUG